AUGGGAAAUGACCUUGAACUCCUUAAGGGUCAAGAUCAAGGUCUAGCAUUAACAUUUGCUUCACAAUUUUUAGUUGUUGUUAAAAUGCGGCAUCAAGAUAUUACACACGAGCAAAUUUCAUCUGUUGAUGCAGAAUGGCUAAAACAUGCGAAACAAAGGACACAAAGGAAAUCUGAGUUUUGCCCAUCUGUAUUUUUAUACCUUAGUAUGAUGGUACCUGCAAUGUGGUUGAUAGAUCUGGAUAUAAUAGACAAGAAAUUGAAAUCUUGCAAACCAAUUACUCGUAUACCCAAGAAUUCUGAAUUAUAUCUCAAUUCUUUAUGCAAUCUGACAGCUAGUGAUUCACAACAUCAGAAAGAAGAUGUGCAUAUUCCUAUGGAAGAUUUGUUUGCUAUGAUAAAUGGACAGUUUUUAAUGCUGAUUCUAAUAAUCGGUCGAUGGAUGUUGCCGAAAGGUGACUUGACUCGAGAUCAGUUAAGCCAGCUGCUGUUAGUCUAUAUUGGUUCUGCAGCUGAUAUCAUCGAAUUCAUGGAUUCUUUCGAUGAAGAUGAGAUAGCAGAGAAACCAGUAGUUAUUAACUGGAUUUUAGGCGUUUGGGCAUGGUCUCUGUUACAAUUCACAAUUGUGUUGACUGACACCGAAUCAAAGAAAAUCCGAUUGUCGUCCGGCAGCAUCGUCAAGGAAAAAAUCCAAAUAGAAACGAGUUGCUGUAGCGUCGAUAUAUGGGGAAUUGUUUUGAAUAUAAUUCUUCAAAUACAAUCAAAUUAUAGAAUAGGCCAAAGUAACGAGCACUAA